AUGGCAUUGCACAAUUAUAUAUAUCUAAAGCAUAAGAGCCACGAUCCUCAUUGCCACACCUUGAUCGCCAGAGAACACGACCCUAGGCCCAAGCUGGGCAAACCGGGACAAGCUGCAUUGGUCGAGAUCGACCAUAACGCUAAAACAGGAGCUACCGGCCAGGCAAAGACCUGCUGUGGCGACUGCUCCGGCAAGUGUACUGACAAGGCAUCCUGGUGA